AGGGUGCCCUUCGAGUGGAUGCCAACAUUUCGGUGCACAAGGAAAACACUGCCCUGGGCACGCGAACCGAAGUCAAAAACAUUGGGUCCGUCCGAGCCGUUGCCCAGGCGGUUGAGUUCGAAAUCGAACGACAGAUCGGCAUUCUGGACGAUGGUGGCAGAAUCUUCAACGAAACUCGUGCCUGGGAUGCCACCGGGAAGCGCACGAUAGCGAUGCGUGACAAGGAAGUGGUUCAGGAUUACAGGUUUAUGCCGGAACCGAACCUACCGCCGCUGCACGUGAACGUCGUCGAAGGCGAAUGUGAUGCCGAAAAUGUGGUUGAUGCCGUCCAGAUUGGUGCAAACUUGCCGGAACUGCCGGAGGAAACGCGCAAGCAGCUAGUGGAAGUACACAACCUCACACCGGAAAUGGCCAUCAUUCUAGUGAACGACAUGACCUUGCACGGUCACUUCCGUUCGAUACUGGAUGAACCGGGCAAAAUGCGCUCCCCCAAAACGGUGGCCAAUUGCCUAGUCAACGAACUGCUGACGAUUCUGAACAAAAACAAACUCGACAUCGAACAGUGCCGGAUCUCGUCCGCUCACUUGGCAGAGGUGGUGGACAUGUUGGACGGGAACAUCAUCAACCCAUACCUGGCGAGGUUGAUUCUCCAGGAGGCGCUCGACCGGGAAGGAGCGGAAAGUCCUACGGUGAUAGCCCAGCGCAAUGAUUGGCUGAUGAUAACCGAUUUGGCCCGGAUCGAGCCACUCUGUAGGGACGUGAUUGAGAAGAAUCCAAAGGUGGUGGAGAAGUACCGGAAGGGGAAGGAAAAGAUGCUGUUCGCGCUAGCCGGGGAGAUUGCCAAAGCGACGGACCAGAAGGUAGAUAUGGCCAAGGCAGUUGAUUUGCUAAAGAAAAUGUUGAAAAGUUAA